UCGUCGCUACCGUCGUGUUGCGCGUUUCGUCGACUCUGCUGUGUUUAUUUUAUUUGCGUUCGCGUUUGCGUGCACAACAACAACAAUAACGGCAUUCAACGUUCGUUAUUAAAUUGUAUCAAGCUAAUAGAAACAGUGUUCAACGCACGACAGUUUCACUUUUUUUUAACAGUGGUUUUUGUUUAUUGUGACCAGACAGCAACAAAUUAAACGAUUUGCUAUCAAAAUAUAUAAAUACUCAACCGAACAGCACGGUGGGUGACACAAGUGCGUUUGCGUUUAAAUAGGGGUUGCGAAUUUUUCCAACACAGGUGCGCCUGUGUGUGUGUGUGUGUGUGUGAGUGUGUCUCAGAAAUAGCGCAUAACAAAAACAAACCGCAGUCGGACAGAGCCUGCGUUUUUAUUUAAAUCGCUCGCAACAUCUUUAUCUGAGCCCGCUGUCCAGAACGCCCACCGCCCAGCCCCUGCGCCCGCCCCUCAACUGCGUGUGCCGCGUGCCAUGCGUGACCUCGGCACCAAAAUGGCCGAGCUUAAAUUUGAGGCUCCACUGGCGAAGUUCGAGGAGACGGACGAGUGGGGUGGCUGCGAUUUUAUUUCCAAUCAGAAUGCGCUCAACGAUACGCUAAAUCUGAACUUGAGCUCCAAUCGGAAUCAAAAGGAUGGCAACGCCAAGCAACAGCAGCAGGACAAGCUGCGUCUGCUCGAGGAUGCGGUCCGCGAUGCGCACAUUAGCAAAAAUGGCGGCGGCGGCGGAGGAGGAGGAGGAGGCGCCGGUGCCGGUGCCGCCGGCAACAUAAGCCCCAAUUGCAAUACGCACAAUCUUGGGGAAUUGGGACUGGCCGAUAUGUCCGGUCCGGCCGGUGGCCAGGAUAAGCGCGGCGCUGACAAUGUGGACAACUUUACAGAGACUUUUGGCGGCAGUCUCGAGGAUUUGGUGAAUACGUUCGAUGAGAAAAUAACCAAAUGCUUCGGCAACUACGAGGAGAACGUCGAGGAGCUGGCACCGGUUCAGGUGCGCAGCCAGGAGGAGAUCAUGAAUGAAUGCCAAAUGUGGUGGACCAUAACUGGGAACUUUGGCAACAUUCUGCCCAUCGACUGGUCCAAGUCGUAUACACGCCAGAUGCACAUGCCGACCCUCAAUCUGGGUCAGAGCCGAACAAAGCAGCAGCAGCAGCAGCAUAACCAGCUGCAGCAGCAGCAACAACAACAACAAAACCAACAACAACAGUCCAACACGCUGGAUGCACAAACGCCAGUGGAUGAGUUCAACGACUUGGCCAGCGAGGAUGAGGCGGUGGCCAACGACUUGGACAUGCAUGCCUUGAUAUUGAACGGCCUGAACGGGGAUGCUGACGAUCAUCCCAUCAAGACGGUGGAGGAGGUGAUUAAGGAAAUUGAUGACAUCAUGGAUGAGGCCGAGAGUCCGCUGGAUGAGCCCGAGACCUGUGAUUCGGAGGUCAUUGAGAAGGCGCGUGAGGUGCUCGGCGCCCCGCUUUACGCAGAGAAAUUACAAUAUCUGAGCAGCACACAGCUGAACGAGCUGUAUAUGGAAAUGGAGAUGCUCAUCCAGGAGCUGAGCGAGACACUGAUCAAUGAGCUGGCGCUGCGCGAUGAGCUCGAGUACGAGAAGGAGCUGAAGAACUCCUUCAUAUCCUUGCUGCUGGCAGUCCAAAAUAAGCGUCGACAAUACCAUGUCGAGAAGAAGCGCGGCAAAUUCCAAGGUCCGGAGCCCAAGUACUUGACCACAGUCAUACCGUAUCAUCUGGAGAAUGGCACACCCAACAAUCAGUCGCUGCAGGUGUUGAUCAAAAUACUCAAGGCUAUAAAUGAGGACAGUCCGACGGUGCCGACGCUGCUAACGGAUUACAUAUUGAAGGUGCUCUGUCCCACAUAAAUGACGACAACAGCAACAGCAGCAACAACAACAACAACAAGAACAGCAACAGCAACAAUAGCUACAGCAACAAUAUACGCUCUAUCUCUUUGUCUGUGUUUAAACGAGUAUAUAUUAUUUAAUAAUUAGUUUAUAUUACUUAUAAAUGUAUCACAUACGAAUAAUGUAUUCGAUAUGAAAUGAGCAAAAAACGCCCUAACACAAAACCCAAACUCUAUUUGUCAUAUGCAAACGCUUCAAACUAAACGAGCUAAACCCAGAUAUCUAGCCUGUUAAAGCUAUAUCUUCAGCUAGACAGAAAGAGCUAGAGUAUUAAGAAAGAGAAAGUGAAUAUGAAUGUGUUUAAGCAAAGUACGUAUUGCACGCAAUACUCAAACCUAUAUGCAAAAUUCUUAACUAAAGAAACAAAAACAAAAAUAAUAAUAACAAAAACAAAAGAAAAGUAUAUACAAAAAAUAAAAACAAUUUACCAUAUUUAAACACAAUGUCGCAUAGUCGAAAUGUUGUUAAGCUUCAAGAAAUAAUAAAUAAAACAAAAAUUCAAAUAGCUAGCAUAUAUAGAUGAGCAUGCCUAUGUAUUGUAAUGCCAUAAACAUAUAUGCAUAUAUGCAUAUAUUAAAUAAUUGUCUAUAUAUAUAUAUAUAUGUGCAUGUAUAUGUAUAUAUACCAUAUUCUUUGUCAUGUGUUCGUCGCUGUUUCAAACUGUCUUAAAGCCAAUCGAUUUGGAAACAGUUUCAGCAUAAGUAAAUAUCGUAUAUGGUCAAACAAAAGUUGUUAAUCUAUACAUAUAUAAACACACCAUAUAUACAUAUAUAUAUAUAUAUAUAUAUGUAUGUAUAUAUGCUAACUGAAUGUUGGCUCCUUGCUCGACUUUUGCUUCAAGCUGUGCUCCCAACGAGUUUGCAUUUUUGCUAAAUCAACUCAACUCAGCAUCAGGUUUAUUAUUAUUAUUAUAAUAUUAUUGUAUAAUGUCUAAACAAUUGUUUUCCAUUUUGUUGCAAUUUUAUUACUAUUAUUAUAAUUUUUUUUUUUUAUUUUUUAUUUCAUUUUGCUUUAAGCUACUGCAAUACAAAGGCACUCGAAUAUAAUUUCUUUUUGUUAUUAUAAUUAUUAUUACUAUUAUUAUAAUUAUAAUUAUGUUUAUUUAAUGCUCGAGGCGCGCGCGUGGCCAUAAAAAAAAGAUGAAAAAAAACAGCGCAUUUUGCUCUGUUUACAACAAAUUCAUUAAAAAUGUAAUUUUAAUUUUAAAUAAUUUUGCAUGCAAAACGCUGUGUUAUCUACUUUUUAUCAAUAAAUAUGCUUGAAUGCAAAUCCAAAUACAAUUUAAAAACUU